UGCAGCGAACAGACCGGUGUUUUGUUUGCGUUACGCGUAACAUUAAAUUUUCCGUAUAAAGAUGAUUGUAUUACUGCUAAUCGCUGUCGUGACCUUGGUGUUUCUGUUCGUCAAACAACGGUUCAACUAUUGGAAAGUGCGAGGAGUGCCGUACGUAAAUCCCACCUUCCCCCUCGGGAACCUGGGGGGAACAGGUAAAACACAACAUUUCUCCGCAGCCAUAGAAAAGCUGUACUGCAAACUGAAGGGAAAUGCUCUGUUCGGAGGAAUCUACUUCUUCAUCAACCCCGUGGUUCUGGCACUGGACCUCGACUUCAUCAAAACCAUUCUGGUGAAGGACUUCAACUCCUUUCACGACCGUUCGGUUUACGUCAACGAAAAGGAUGAUCCAUUGAGUGCCCAUCUCUUCAGCAUGGAAGGCAUCAAGUGGAAGAAUAUGCGCGUCAAGCUAACGCCCACGUUUACGUCGGGUAAGAUGAAAAUGAUGCUUCCGAUUGUUCGGGACUGUGCCGAUGAAUUGGAGCGAUGUAUCGUGAAGGAGACUGCUGGUGGUGGUGAGAUUGAGUUGAAAGAUAUUCUCGCACGCUUCACGACGGAUGUGAUUGGAAAUUGUGCGUUUGGACUGGAGUGUAACAGUUUGCGUGAUCCCAAUGCCGAGUUUCGCAAAUAUGGCAGGGAAAUAUUCAACUUUGGGAAAAUUGGAUUCGUGAAGCUUCUUUUGACUCAGCAGUUUAAAUCGCUGGCACUUGCAUUAAGAACCGUGACGCUGAAUCCGAAAGUUUCGGAGUUCUUUUUGAAAGUUGUCUCGGAUAAUAUUGAGUACAGAGAGAAGAACAAAAUCGAACGGAAUGAUUUCAUGGACUUGAUGAUAAAGCUGAAAAAUGGACAAGCUUUGGAACAGGGCAGCACGGAUCAACAGUUGGGCACGCUAUCCGUUAAAGAAGUUGCUGCUCAGGCGUUCGUUUUCUUCUUUGCUGGGUUUGAAACCUCCUCGACACUGAUGUCGUUCUGUUUGUAUGAACUUGCCCUGAAUCAAAAUCUCCAGGACAAAGCCAGGAAGGAUGUCCUCGACACUAUUAGCAAGCAUGGAUCACUUUCCUAUGAAGCAGUUCAUGAGAUGAAAUACUUGGAAAAGUGCAUUAAUGAAAGCCUUCGGAAAUACCCACCUGUACCGAACAUUCUUCGUACGGCAACUCAGGACUAUAAUGUUUCCGGAUCGUCGCUGACCAUUGGAAAGGGUACGUCGGUUAUGAUUUCCCCAUUCGCCAUCCACCACGAUCCGGAAUUUUAUCCGGACCCUAUGAAGUUCGACCCGGAUCGAUUCAACCCGGACCAGGUGGCAGCCCGUCAUCCGAUGGCAUUCCUUCCGUUUGGAGAGGGUCCUCGUGUCUGCAUUGGGAUGCGCUUCGGACUGAUGCAGACUCGCAUUGGAUUGGCGACUUUGCUGAAGAAUUUCCGCUUUACGUUGGGUGCACGAAUGGAGACUACCCCGAUAUUUGACCCUGCCAGUGCGGUUUUGACGCUCCAGGGUGGACUGUGGGUGAAGGCGAAGAAGAUGGAUGCUUGAGUUUACUCGUUCAUU